AAACAACUUUAUUUAACAAGUGCACAUGUACAAACAGCACGUUGGAGGAUUAAACAACAACGACAAAGGUGCAUCUUAAAGAAGUGCAUAAAAAAUGAAAAAAUCAAGAUGAGUUACACAAAAAAGAAAAAGAAUUCGGGCUUAUUUUCUAAUACUUCAAUACUGUUGUUUUAUUUUUCACAACUUUGUGGGUUUUGACAUGUAAAAGAAAUUCAUUGUGAAACACAGUAAAUCUGGGUUUGACCUUCAGGAAAGUUGAUUUAUGGAUAAAAAAUGUACCAAAGGUUAGGAUAUAAUGAACCAUCACUGUUACAGCCCAUUAUUAGUCCAGUAAUGAUGUCCUUUGAGAGGAAAUUAUUGAGAUGAGGAAUCUCUGGACCCAGUCAUGAAGGUCCGGCCAGAACGCUUCAGAACACAUACAAGUUCAAGUUUUCCACUUUCUCCCUCUCUCCAGACCCUGCUGGUGCUGUCCAGUUUGUCGGCCAUCGCUCUGGUCGUCUCGCUCCUCGUGGUCCUGUCCUUCCUCAUACACUACUGCUGCUGUCACCGUGGCGACCGGAGCGAGGGCUCGGAGGAGGAGGAGGAGGACGAAGACGGCAGCACGGGUCACGGCUACAGCGGGAAGAAGGGGCGGGGCAUCUGCUGCGUCACCUGGGUGGCGGUCGCCGCGGUGACGCUGUGCUGUGUUGCCAUAGGCAUCGGUUUCUAUGGCAACAGCGAGGCUAAUGAUGGGAUGUAUCAGUUGACCUCGUCUCUUCUCACAGCCAAUUACACGCUCGCUUCCAUCGAUCUGCUGAUUUCAGACACCAUCACCGGCCUGCAGCUGUCCGUCUCCGGCCCGCUGACCUCCAUGGAGGAGCUGUUUACCGGCAGCAAGCCCUUCCUGGUGUCCACGAGGAACUGCCGGCGGCUGUCGGAGAACGUCAUCAACCUGCUGUCCUCCAUCUCCCUGGCCCGGUCCAGCCUGGACGCCGGCCUGGGCAACGACAGCGGCGUCAGCGGGGCGUCCAUCACGCCGCUGACCCCCGUCCCGCCCUCCGUGGCGCCCACGGCGGUGCCGGCCGGCGGCCUCAUGCCCAACCCCUUCUCACCUGGCUGGGCGGCCAACACACUGAUGGUCAACGAGGACUACAGGGACAACGUGGGAUCCUGUAAUCUGGCUCUCAGCGACUUCUGCUCGGACCCGAACGCCUUCGUCCUCAACUCCACCCAGUUCAACACCGGGACCAGUGCAGAUGUGUUGGACUACUACCUGACCUGCAGCCGGCGCAUGAACAGCCCGUUCCAGCAGCUGCUGACCCAGUCUCAGAGGGCGCUCUCCAACAUCCACACUCACCUCUCCAGCCUGGACAGAAACGCUCUGCCUCAGUUCCCCAAAGCCGAGAAAUCACUCAGGGAGGUUCAACAGAUACUCAACUCCACAGAGGGCAACUUUCACCAGCUGGUGGCGCUGCUGAACUGCAGGGGGCUGAACAAGGACUACAUCGACUCUCUGAAGGGCCUGUGCUACGACGGCAUGGAGGGGCUGCUCUACCUCUCCCUCUACUCCUUCCUCUCGGCUCUGGCCUUCACUGCCAUCCUCUGCUCUCUGCCUGGAGCCUGGAGGAGCUUCCCCAGCGAGUCGGAGGAGUACGAGGACUCGGACAGCGAGAGUGAGGACCCCUUCACCUCCCAUCAGGCACGUAGACAGACGGCCUCGGGGUCUCAGCGGGGGGCCUUCUAUAAUUACCCGGGGGCCGGCUGGACUCCCCCGUUUUCUAGCGCGCCGCCUCUUCCGACUCCAAACGUUUCCUCCAAUGGCAACCCUGGCUAUGAGAGCCUCCCCCUGGCCGACAGGCAGUCCCCACCCCCCUCUUACUCUCCCAGCAUGCUGACUGGUUACGGGGGAAGUCAAUCACACCCCAACCCCGCCCAUUCGAGGAACCUGUACUCACGUUGAUUUUUUUGUUUGUUUGUUUUUUUCUUUUUU